UCACUCACUUCCUUUUUCCUGUGUGAGUUUCGGGAAUAUCCCCAUUAAUAGGUCCAAGAUCUACAUCUAUGAAUUGAAAUGUCCGAAUGAUCACACACACACACACACAUAUAUAUAUAUAUAUGAAAGUCCAGUUGCUCAGUAUGGCAUUAAUGAACCUAUUAUUUAAUGGAAAAUUAUUUUCAUGAGUACUUUUCCAUGGUGAAGGUUAGGAUUUAUUUUUUGGCUUGUUUACUAUUGUAGUUUUUGUUUCGUUAUAACUUAUUGGAUAUCAGCGAAUGAUCCAGUAUUCAAUAAAAUUAUUGAAAUGGAUCCAUACUUAAUAACGAAGGAUGAUUGAGAUGGAUUGAUGGAUUUUUCCAAUGCAGGUAAAACUAGUGAAGUUUGCAUUUCUCCGGGUGGUCGAUUCCCUUCAUUUUCAAAUGAAGGGAAACCUCCAAGGAAAGCAAUCAAGGGCCCCAGAGAUUUGACCCUUUGCAGGGUGUUCCGCAAAAAGACAUGCUGUGAUGUAAGUCAGACACACCCUGCUUUGCUAUCCGUUAGGAGGCUGGCUUCCACUGGGCAAGCAAGUCAAGAAUGCUUGCAAUUAUGGGAGCUCUUGGAAUGUUCUAUAUGUGAUCCUCGAGUAGGUGUACAACGUGGACCUCCAGUCGUAUGUCUCUCCUUUUGUGAUAGAGUAUACGAGGCAUGCUCUAGUGCAUACUUUUCAAUAGAAGCGAGAACACAGGUUCUAGAACCCUGUGGAUUAGGCAACCUUGUUUGUGGUAGAGCUUCUGAAUGGAUCUCGAAUGGAACAGAGCUCUGCAAUGUGGCAGGUUUUUCUGUUGAGUCAUCUUAUGAUCCUGAAGGAAUAUCAUGCUAUGGUGGGAAGGCUAGUCUGGAUUAUGUUGCAACUUCAUGGAGAACUCCAAAAUCUGGGAUCUUACACAGAGAAGAGAGUUCGGGGUUUAUUGAAGAUUUCAAGCAAUGGGUGGCUGAAAUGCCACUUGACGUAAGAGUUUCUUGGGCAGUAGGAGGGAUGGUUCUUACAGCAGGACUUAUAUUUUCAAGUAAAAGGAAGAGUCGCAACCAACGUCAAAAGCAAAGAGCUAUUCAACGUGCUGCACGGAGACUGGGAACAAAUUUGAGUUCUGCAGCUCGAACAUGAAUACCCUUGGUGUAAAUAUUAUCCAUGUUUAUCAAGUUAGCUCUGCCAAUGGAAGACUGCAUUCUCUCAAUGUUAACCGAGUUGCUUUCCAAAAAUACACACUUGUAGGCAAAAACUAAGAAAGUAAUGAUAAUGUUUUAGUUGGGACAUCUUCUCAUAUGUUAUCGGAAUUUUUGCUUAUAAAAACCAAAUUUUUGGUUACAUUGUAGGGACCGUUGACUCGUGAAAACAAUGAUGUACAAAUUGUUUUUAUUCUUCGACUCGUGUUUAUACCUUGUAUAGUGGAAACAGUUUUGCCA